GUUCUCAAAGCCCAACAGCUUAAACCCUUGAAGCCGCAAAAGCAAAACCCCUCAUCAGCCAGAGUCCGAGCUAGGGCAUUCGGCGCUCCGCAACCGGAAAUGGCGAAGUGGUGGCGCUCCGCAGCCAGCAACCUGAGGACCGUGGUGGCAAGGAGCCCUACGGCUCAACCUUCGUCUUCGUACCACACGAUCCAAGCUGUCCCACGCGAGUGCAGCGGGAGCAGAGUUUCGGCGAGGGACAGAGCCCAGGGCCGGAUCCCGGCUGUGGUGCUCUCCCAGCAGCUCCUCCUCCGAAAGGAUGAGCCGAAAAACAGCUCUGAAGAUCGAUCGCUAUCCCAGAAGCUUUUGCUCACUACCGAAAGAAAGCAGAUUCAGUCCAUCCUCAAUUCCGUAGAGCUCCCCUUCUUCUACUGCACCACCUUCCCGCUACAGAUCCGCGCUGGGUCUGGAUCCUCUCACCUACUUGAAUCCGGAACCGUCCUCCCCAUCAAGAUUCACAGGAAUGAAGAGACUGGGAAGAUAUUGAAUCUGGUUUUUGUUUGGGCGGAGGAAGGCUCGGAGUUGAAGGUUGAAGUGCCCAUUGUUUUCAAAGGCGAAGAUGUUUGUCCCGGUCUUAAGAAAGGUGGCCAACUAAAUAGGAUAAGAACUAGUCUAAAAUAUCUCUGUCCAGCCGAACACAUUCCUUCCAAAAUCGAGGUGGACGUGAGCAAUCUAGACAUUGAGGAUAGAAUAUCCAUGGGUGAUGUUGAGGUGCAUCCGUCCUUGAAGCUUCUUAGUAAGAAUGAAAAAAUGCCCAUAUGUAAGAUAGUUGCCCCAAAGUUGGAAACCCCAGAACCUGCCAGUUUAUAGGCACUAAUGCACAACCUGAGGGUCUUCUCAGAUCUGAUUAUUACGAGUUACAGCUAGAAGCGCUUUUUAAGAAUAAGUAUGUUGUUGUCAGCACUCAGCAGGUGGGUUUUUUAACCUGUGCUAUUUCUAAGUAGAAUCACUUGCAUGUUUUGUGUUCGAUAGCAUUUGUUAACUGUGUUGGUUUUUUUAUCUUCUGUUAUUGUUAUUAUCUAUUUUAAGAGCAUAAUUAGAGAAAAACAUGUACCGGGACCUUGUGCGGGCUGCUUGCACGAGUUCUUGUGCAAGUUCAUCUGGGUAAGCACAUUUUUGUAUUAGUUGAGGCAGCAUUUGUUUGAUAGCUCGCAUGUGACAGUUAUCACCCCAUGUAUUGCUUCAGAAAGAUGCACUGAUGUACGUACCUUUAAUCUGUACAAUUUUCUU